AUGGAGCCAGGGGCCGCGAGUCACCUGGAAACACUGAGGGAAACCACUGCGAAGGGCUCCGUCACGUCGAUCGUCGUUCAAGACCCGAGACCUUCGCUGAGUUCCGAAGACUGGUCAACCAGCCUCGAGAUCCCAGUCAGCGAGUCCCAAUUAGGCGACACGAAACUGCAGCGACAGAGCCAGUCCCGCAGUUCCCGCAAGCGCAUCGAGUCUCUGCUCAACACAGCGCUCGAAGAUCAGCAGCGUUACAUGAGCACCGAACUCGGGGUCCGCAGGGGCUCUGAACAGAAGUCGACCGAGGAAACACUGGUCGAGAACCUCGCGAAACAGAAGUCGCAUUCCAAGAAAACUGAAAUCCCGGGGAUCAGACCCAAUCAAGCCCGAGAGCUGGAACAAGAGGACCGGGCGACGGAGGAAGAAGUCGACACGAUUUCCGACGUCAGUUUCGCGUUUGACGACGCCGUGGCGAGUGCAUCCGCUAUCGCCUCCUUCAAAGAAGCUUUGCAAAUCGAGGACGUGAAUGAAGAAAACGCAGCUGAUUUGUUUGCCCGUGAGGAAACUCCCGUAAUGGACUUGGCCAGCUUGCGAGAUGUCUCUUCGCGGCAUACCGCUGCAAUUCAGCAACCUGAAAUAAUGGCUGCAUGCGUUUCAGACAGUACCACUCGAGGUAUUGACCACGGGAUCGAAGCAACACCCUUAGACCCACAAUCACCCGUAUCAGAAAUGGAGUUUUGCAUUUUUGAGCUUUCCGUAUCUGCAUCGAAAGAGCAAAUAUAUUUACCCCAAGAUGACCCUAGGGUCGAAGAGGCCAGCAGUAUAUCUGAAGGAGUAGGUUUCCCCCUUAUACCUGCGUCUCCUCCCAUGGAAAUAGAAGAGCUUGAUAGUUCCUUAUCUUGUGGUGAGGUUGAUUUUGCUGCGAUUGAUAGAAAGUACCAACGGUUGCAAACCAUAUCCGAAGCGGAGGAAAUUUCAGAGGCUCCCGUUGGUGACUUUGCAUCCGUAGUGAGUCAAAUUGCACAUCAGGAACGCGGAGAAGAGAACAGCACAAUAACUCGGUUGGAUGAAUGCAUGAUGGUCGUUGGAGGUGAUUAUGAAGACAUCGAGAAACGACAACUGAGCAAAUCAUUUUCAAAGGAAACCGAUUUAACCAAAACAUCUGAGCAUAGUCAUAAGGACGCUACUGAUGACUUCGCGAGUAAGAAAAACGAAUCUGGAGCUCUGAUUGAUCAAUCUGGAAAAAUUUCGGAAAAGUUAUCCCCGGGACAAACAAAGCCGAAAGAAGAAAAAAAAGUGACCGACGAUAAAUCGGAAAUUGAGCCGCUCAAAGAAGGAGAAACAGAAAAAGGUCGCAAAGAAAUUGAGAAAGAAAAGUUGGAAGCCAGAAAAAGUGCAUCAACAAGAAGUGAGAAGGAUGGAAUCAAUUCAGAAAAAGAUGUAAAAAUUCACGCAGAAGAUGUGGAUGCGAUAAGUAAAGGGGUAAAAAGCGUAGAGCAGCAUGUGGACGAGAAGGCUCGAGAGGAAAAGGAAGAACGAGAGAAAAAAGCCGGGAAGGAGAAGACAAAUGAAGAGGUGAUGAAGACAACGACUCAAGAAGAGUCGAAGAGGAAGGAGAAAGAAGAGGAGGAGAAAGCCAGGAAAAAUGCAGAAUACAAAGAAAGGAUCGCAGCAGAGGAGAAAGCGAGGAAGGAAAAGGAAGAUCAGAACGCUGCAGAGGAAAGAGAACAAAAGCGGACAGAUGACGAAGCGAUGAAAAAACUGGCCGAGGAGAGGGCCCAGAAGGUGAAAGAAGAAGAGAUAAAACUAGCCGAAGAGAAGGAAAGAAAGCAGAAGGAAGCAGAUGAGAAAAAAGCCGCAGAAGAAAAAGCGAAAAAACAAAAGCAGGAAGAAGAUCGAAAGGCUGCAGAAGAAAGUGCAAGAAAACUGAAAGAAGAAAAAGAGAAAAAAGAUGCAGAAGCAAGAGCCAAGAUGCAGAAAGAAGAGGAUGAGAAAAAAGCAGCUGAAGCAAAGGCCAAAAGACUGAAAGAAGAGGAAGAGAAAAAAGCGGCUGAAGCCAAGGUCAAGAAACAAAAAGAAGAGGAAGAGAAAAAAGCAGCUGAAGCCAAGGCUAAGAAACAGAAAGAAGAAGAUGAGAAGAAAGCAGCUGAGGAAAAAGCUGUAAAGCAAGAGGAAGAGAGAAAAGCUGCUGAAGCAAAGAAACGGAGAGAAGAUGAAGAGAAGAAAGCUGCGGAAGCAAAAGCAAAGAAACAGAGAGAAGAUGAAGAGAAGAAAGCAGCUGAAGAAAAAGCUAGAAAACAGAAGGAGGAGGAAGAGAAGAAAGCUGCUGAAGAAAAAGCUAGAAAACAGAAGGAGGAGGAAGAGAAAAAAGCUGCAGAGGAAAAAUCUAGAAAGCAAAAGGAGGAAGCAGAGCGAAAGGCUGCAGAGGAAAAAGCUAGAAAACAGAAGGAGGAGGAAGAGAAAAAAGCCGCCGAAGCAAAAGCCAAGAAGCAAAAAGAAGAAGAGAAAAAAGCAGCUGAGGAUAAACUGAAAAAAGAGAAGGAAGAAGCAGAGAAAAAAGCUGCCGAAGAAAAAGCAAAGAAGCAAAAAGAAGAGGAAGAGAAAAAAGCAGCCGAAGAAAAAGCAAAGUUGAAGAAAAAAGAAGCGGAAGAGAAAAAAGCAGCUGAGGAUAAACUGAAGAAAGAAAGGGAAGAAGCCGAGAAAAAAGCUGCUGAAGAAAAAGCAAAGAAGCAAAAAGAAGAGGAAGAGAAAAAAGCAGCUGAGGAAAGAACUAGGAAAGAAAAAGAAGAGGAGGAGAAAAAAUCAGCGGAAGAAAAAGCAAAAAAGCAAAGAGAAGAUGAGGAGAAAAAAGCAGCUGAGGCAAAGGCCAAACGACAGCAAGAAGAGAAGAAAGCUGCAGAAGAGGAAGUUAGGAAACAGAAGGAAGAAGAAGAUAAAAAGAAGGCUGAAGCAAAUGCCAAGAAGCAGAAAGAAGAAGAGGUAAAAGCAGCCGAAGCAAAAACAAAGAAACAAAAAGAAGAGGACGAUCAAAAAGCCGCGGACGAGAAAGCAAGAAAACAGAAGGAAGAAGAGGAUAAAAAGACAGCUGAAGUUAAUGCUGAGAAGGAGAAGCAGGAGAGAAAAGUUGCUGAAGCAAAGGCUAGUAAAGAAAAAGAAGAGGAGGAGAAAAAAGCAACAGGAGCACAGGCUAAGAAAGAAAAAGAAGAGCUGAAGAAACUAGCAGCCGAAGAAGAAGCCAAGAAACAAAAGGAAGAGCAGGAGAAGAGGGUAGCUGAUGACAAAGCCAAAAUGGUUGAGGAAGAAAAAGAGAAAAAAGCUGUCGCUGAGAAGACCAGAAAACAUAAGGAGGAAGAAGAGCUGAAGGAUGUCGAGGAGAAACGUAGAAAGCAGAAAGAGGACGAAAAAAAGAAAAUUACUGAAACAAAAACCUGCAAUGUAAAAGAAGAAGAGAAAAAUGCAGCUCUUCAAGAAGAAGUUAAGAAACAAGAAGCAGAAGAAAACAAAAAAGCUGCUGACGAAGGAAAAAAAAAAAUUGAGGAGGAUAAAAUUUCUUCCGAGGAAGCCCUGAAAAGGAAAGAAGUACCUAGCAAGAAAUCUGCUGCUGACGACAAGACAAUUGACGAUGACCAGGCCAAGAAGAAAACCAUGGACGAAGAAAACGCGAAAAGGAUCCGCGAAAAGGAAGAGAAAGCGAAGGAAGUCGGCCGCACGAAGUCUGAAGAGGAAGCAAAGAAUGCCUCUGGAAUAUCGAAGAAAGCUUCGGAAAAAGGAAAAAAGGCGAAAAAUGAAGAAGCGUCGAUUGAUGGGAAAGAAUUAGCUGUAACACACGACGGGGAAAUCGGGAAAUCCGGAACUCGCGAAAUCCAAUCCGAUUUGAAACGAAGGGAAGAAGCCCCGAAGGAAGAGAGCUCAACAGCGGAGUGUGUCAUCAAAGACAGCCAGCUACAAGGAAUCGUCCGGAAAGAGUCAAAGGCACCUGUUGAUUCCCAAACCUUGAAAACCACAGAAAAAAGAAUGCGGAGCUCGAGGAGGAGUUCGAAAUCUGACAAAAGUCAAUCGUCCGAAAAAAGCGAAUCUGCGGAUCCUCUUAGAGACGGCAGCAUUAAAUCACCUGUUAUAAGCCGACACACUGGUGACGAUCGAAUUGGCGCCCCUUCUGAAAACAUCCUCGAAAAUUCGAAAGACCUUUCAAUCUACUCGAAGAGUGCACCCCAGGAACCGCUUACCCAAGAAACAGGAAAGGUUAUCCAAGAAAAACUAAGUGAAGCUAUAGAAAGUGCCAAGCAAGCCGCUGCAAUCUCGACUGAAACUGAUCUUUACACGUGCAACCCAUUACCUGCCGUGAGCCCCAUUUGGGACUCAGGAGCAGUUCCUGCACCUGAAGACACGUCACGCAGCAAGAAAGUCGAAUCAGAACCGAUCGCCGCUCCAACACCAUUUCAACGGAGGGAUCCCAAGAAAAAACCGAGCUUUACACUCAAGCUUUCAGACCGCAUGGUAUCCGUUGGAACGAAUCAGAAAUUCACUUGUCAAAUUUCGCUGGGCCUUCAUGGGGACAAUACCGGUCUGUAA